CUCACCUGCACCACCAACGUCCCGCCGCCGCCUCAACAACAACACAAUUCACUUCGCGCAGGGUCGCCUGCCCUUGAACGCCUGCGCCGACAAUUGCUGCAUAGCCCGAAUCGACGUCCGUCAUGUCCGCCAACGACCAGUCCGUCGACAGCUCUGCGCGCAGGGGACGUGGUAGAGGAGGAAAUCAGAACGCCAACCGGAAUGCCAACAGGAACGCGAACGAUGGUGCGGGAGGCGACAGAGGUGGCAAGGGAGGUCGUCGCGGAGGACGAGGAGGUCGCGGCAAUCGUGGCGGGCGCGACGGUGCCCAAGACGGCGAUGGUUCCGCCAGAGCUGCUCCAGCUGGCCGAGGCUUUGGUGCCACUCUUACCGAAGAUGGUGGUCCUACAGUACCAAAGGGAAAGCUGCCUGUCGCCGACGAUGAGGACGUCGAAGCUGAAGUCUGCUUCAUUUGCGCGUCGGCUGUCGUUCACCAGUCGGUGGCACCUUGCAAUCACCGGACCUGCCACAUUUGUUCGCUGCGACUGAGAGCGCUCUACAAGACCAAGGCUUGCGCGCACUGCAGGACCAGCGCCGAUUAUGUCGUCUUCACCGACGAUGCCAACAAGCGAUUUGAGGAUUAUGCCAGUACCGAUAUUGCUAGCACGGAUUCGAAUUUGGGUAUCAAGUACGAGAAGGCAGAGAUUUGCGACGACACCGUCUUGCUGCUGCGCUACAACUGUCCGGAUGAGACUUGCGAUGUUGCGUGCUUGGGCUGGCCGGACCUACACAGGCAUACCAAGAGCGUACAUCACAAGGUCAUGUGCGACCUUUGCACGAGGAACAAGAAAGUCUUCACUCACGAGCAUGAGCUUUUUACUGUGGCCGAGCUACGCAAGCACGAAAAGUACGGAGACGACAACCCCGGCGCGAUAGACCAGAGCGGUUUCAAGGGUCACCCGGAGUGUGGAUUCUGCCGUCAGCGCUUCUACGGUGAUGACGAGCUCUACACCCAUUGCCGCGACAAGCACGAGAGAUGUCACAUUUGCGAUCGCCGUAGCGGAGGUCGGCAGCCACAGUACUACGUUGAUUACAAUGCUCUGGAGCUUCACUUCAAGAAGGACCACUUUGUGUGCCCGGAUCAAGAGUGUUUGGAGAAGAAGUUUGUCGUAUUCGAAUCCGAGAUGGAUCUGAAGGCCCACCAGCUUGAAGCUCAUCCUAAUGGACUCACCAAGGACGCUCGACGCGAUGCUCGUCGUGUGGACAUCUCGGGCUUCAACUACCGCACACCGCACGAGCCGGAUCGUGGAGGAAGACGGGAGGGCCGUGGCCGUGGUAGAGGACGCGACCCGAAUGCGGAGCCUUUACCGGUGUCAUCUGCUCAGCCAAUGCGCAGAGACGAGAUUGCAUAUCAGAGACAGAUGGCGAUUCAGAGUUCACAGUCAGUCACGACGAGGACAUUUGGCGGACAGCUCACCUCUACCGAGGCCUUCGCCGCCAGACCGCCUGCCAGAGCACAGGAACCCGCGACGGUAACGGCACCGCGUCCGGUUGACCCCUUCCCUGCACUUGGCGGCAAUGCGAGUGGACAAUCUACUUCGCCAGCCCCAAGCAGCGUCACACUCACACCGCAAGAGCAGGCCAGGAGGCUGCGGCACAGUGCGGUUACGGAGAGAGCAUCGAACUUGCUCCGGAAUGAUCAGAAGAAGCUGGCAGAGUUCCGCUCGAAAAUCUCGUCGUACAAGAACGGGGGCAUCACGGCGCCCGAGCUUGUCGAUACGUUUUUUUCGUUGUUUGACACGAGUUCGGCUGAACUGGGCAAGUUGAUCAAGGAGCUCGCCGACAUCUUCGAGAUUGCUGCCAAGCGCGACAAUCUGCUCAAGGCUUGGAGUGAUUGGAAGGCCAUCAAUGAGGAUUAUCCGUCGCUCCCCGGUCCUAGCGGCGUGCCGGCCAACACUGCGGCGUCUGCAUUGGGGGCCGGUGGGUCGCGAGUGCUCAAGCUGAAGAGUUCGACGGCGCAGUCAUCACGGUCGUCGGUCAGCAAGCAGGGCAGCUGGGGCGCGACGGGCAACAACAGUCUGUUCCCGCCUCUGUCGGCAGCUACGGGAUCGGGGGGACGGCGCACGGGCGGAGGCGGAGGCAGCGGCAGCAACAGCCCGUGGGCGUCUUCGUCGGCAGCGGCGUCGCCGGGACCGUCUCGCGUGGCAUCUGCGACGUCGCUUGCCAAGAGCAAGGCCCCGGCGGGCGCAGACGCCUUCCCGGCUCUUCCGGCUGCAGCCAAGCCGACGACGACAAUCUUCAGCCCGGGGUAUAACGGGCGGGUGGUGCGCAACGUCAACAGCGGCGCCAGCACGCCCAACGCGUGGGCGGGGGCAGGUGGAGGAGGGAGUGGUGGAAGCGGUGUGGGCGAGCCGUUCGAGGCGGGCGACUCUGUGGGCGGCAACGUGGCAGGCGGCAAGAAAAAGGGCAACAAGAACAAGAAGCAGACGCUGUUCCACUUUGGGUGAGGGCAAC